AUGUCGUGGUUUAAGCUGCUGGGCUUGACCAUCGGGGGCAUCCACCAGCUUCAGCAAGCCGACUUUGCGGACGUUUGCAGCGAGUUUCCCCGGGUUUUUGAUGGGUCCCUAGGCAGGUUCACGGGGGGCCCCAUCUCCCUGGACCUGGACCCGGCAGUCCGGCCCAUACGGAUUAAGGCCAGGCUACCACCCUUAACGGUGAGGCCGAAAAUCGAGGCAGAACUCGACAAGCUGGUGGCGCAAGGGGUGUUGGAGCCAGUGGCAUCGGCACGUAUCCCCGGGGUACAGCCCUUUCUAGAUGACGUCUUAAUCGCCACCCCCGACGCCGCGUCGUUUGCCACCCGACUCCGUACCGUUCUUCAACGCUUCGACCAGGCGGGGCUGAAGGUGAAGCGCGAAAAAUGCUUGCUCAGCGUGCCCAAAGUGGAGUUUCUAGGGUUCGCGGUCGACGCACAGGGCAUCCACCCCACGACCCCCCAGAUGACGUCGCCCCGAGUGAUCCGGUGGUCCGUCUUCCUGGCGGGCUACAACUACAUGCUCCUGCACCGGCCCGGGAAGGCGAUGGGACACGCUGACGCCUUGAGCCGCCUGCCUCUGCCAGAAACGGAGCCUGACCCGGCCCCAGCCCAUCAAAUCGCGCUGCUGGAGUCCCUGCCCGACCAGCCGGUCCACGUGACAGAGGUGGCCCGGCGCACUGCGAAGGACCCGAUCCUCUGCCGCGUCCUGGACUGGAACAUGAACAGGGCACGGAGGCUCUCCGGGAAAACUCUGCCUUGCGCCUCGAUCUCUUUGCUCUGGGUCGGGACGCUGGUUUGCCUCACCGAUGCCAAGGGGACCUAUUACCGCCACCCGGUGCCCAUCCCUUACGGCAACAGAUACAACCUCUAUACCUCAGGCUCUAGCCCCCAGCUGACUCCGGGCAAGCCCCUGGGGAGACACAAGAACUACUGUGCAUACGUGGUGCAGAGGAACGUGACGUGCACCCUUCAGGAUGGAGCAGAGAGCUAUGUGAAGGCUGAAUAUCACAAAUGCAGCUGGGGACCAAAAUGUCCUGGAAAAGUCCUGUAUCGCACAUUCUUCAGACCCAGAUACAAGAUUGGCUACAAGACCGUGACUGAGUUAGUGUGGAGAUGCUGCCCAGGCCUCAUGGGAGAGGGGUGCCACGACAGUCCGACUGACCAGCCGGGGCUUCUGCCCCAGCACACCAGUCCCAAGAUGCCUCCUACUCAGAAGUUGUUCCCAGGUCCUAGAGUUCCUCCUCACCCCAAAAUACAUCCUGAUCCAUUUCCAGGACCACAGAAAAAUCAUUACGGUAGAAAAAUGCCUGGUUUGAUUGGAGACAGGAUAGACCGGCUAGAGGAGGAAGUCAGGCGUCUCUCACAGUCCUACGACAGCCUGCACACCAUGGUGAGCGGCCUGGGGGACCACUUGCGGCUAGCCAUCCAGGAGGACACCAGUAAGAUGAUUGGAUCCCUGAUGAACAGCCCAAGUGUGCCCGAUUCAACCAUGGGAUUCGGGGUCAUUCCUGAUGGGAUUGUGGAUGCAGCAGACAAAGCUGACCUUUCCCCUUAUCCUCCGGUGGGCGAGAUCCUAAGCAAAGUGACCGAGGUGAGUGAUGCACUGAAAACCAAGACCGAUCUUCUGGAUGAGGUACAUGGCAUGGUCCUUGAUCACGAUGGACAGAUCAAGCAUCUUCUGGAGUCAGCCCGGCCAUCACCCCUCACCUCCAUCGAGAUGCUUGAAGAGUACGUGGACAGCAGGCUUAGCAACCUACGGGUAGAGCUGCUGGAUGGCUUUGAGAAGAAACUGGUGAACAUCCAGAACACGUGUGAUUAUCGGAUCAAGGAAGUGCAAGAGCAGUGUGAAGAAGAGAAAGCUGCCAACCUGCGCCUCCAACAGACCCUAGAUGGCAAAGAACUAGAGAUCAAGAAGGAGAUCUCUCAGCUAGAAACCCAGAUCCAAGGGCUUACAGUCGUGGAAAGCUGCUGCAGCAACUUGAACUACCUCACCAAACGGAUGGAUAUCCUAGAGAAAGGCCUACACAGCAUAUCCGAGUCUCAGAAGAAUCUGCACUCCAGGUUGGAUAAUGAACUUUCUACAGUCACCUUGGGGAGCCUCUUUGAAGGGCGCUUUGAGGACCUCGAGGGCAGGCUGAAUGUCUCGGAGAGGGAAACAGGAAGUUGUUGUUCCACUGUAGAGGAUUCUAUGAGAGGCCUUCUGGGGUCAGAGUUGGAUGGCGCGAGGACCUUGUUUGAUGACAAAAUGAGAACAUUGGAAGACAGGUUCAUGACCAUUGUAGGAGAAGUGAACAACAUCAGCUCCACGGUGGGAGUGGAUGGAGCUGUAAUGCCAUUCCUGGAGGGAGAGCUUGCUACUGUAAGGCAGGAAACCAACGAGAAGCUGGAGAUUCUGCAGAGUCGGAUGAUGGCCUUGGAGAGCACCUGCUCGCUGGGGUGCACAUCUACUUCCAAAGAUGUAGAGAUCUUCCGUACGGAGAUCGAAGACUGCCAAAGCAAGAACCAGGAUCUGCUGCUUCGGAUGGACAGCAACUCUGACCUGCUGCGGAAGCUGAAUGCCACCAUUCUGGAGAUCCAGAGGCGGAUUGAGGGAGAGGCAUCGGGUGCCUUGCAAGGAGAGAUCACGCUUCUGAAGAUCAAUCUGAAUACAAUGAGCAAAUCCCUCACCGGGCUGAAGGAUUCUGUUUCCCAGUACUCAGACACUGUGCUGCAUGUCAACUCAUCUCUAGACGAGCGUGAACGCAAGAUAGAGGACGAGGUCUACUCCAUACAGGAGAAGAUCAGUGACCAAGGCUCCCAGCUACUGUUCAGCAACAGGCGUGUCCUGAACCUAAAAGGGGACCUCGAGCGGCUCAAGUCCAGGAUCAUCAAUGACCUGAGCAACUGCAAGAACGUGGCUCAUAACCUGCAGAAGGAAGUGCUCCAUUUUGAUGACCGUGUGGCUCAGGUGGAGGACAUGUGCGGCAGACUCGGUACGGUAACGGGAAGCUUGGAUCGCAUCCGAAAUGAGUUGGAGAACAAUGCAGGAACUGUGUGGGGCUACAUGGACCAUAUGAACAAGACCUUAUCUGCCCACUCUCAGGAAAUAACCCUACUCAAGGACAACUUGUUGGAUUGCCAAGCUAAAGUCACAGAAUUAGCUGAAGACAUCAGUCUUUUAGAAGGCAAGCUGCAAGACCGCCACCAUUAG